AUGUCAGUGUUUGUACACUUGGGAUUUGCACCUGUAAUAGAGGUGUUCGACUUAAAUAGAAAAUUUGAUGAAGAUAAUUCGACGUGUAAAAUCAACCUUGGCCUUGGAGCCUACAGGACUGAUGAUGGAAAACCAUGGGUUUUACCAGUAGUAAGAGAAGCCGAGAAAAGAGUUGUAGCUGACGAAAACAUUAAUCAUGAGUAUCUACCUAUUUGUGGCCUUCACCCAUUCAGACAAGCUGCUGCAAGAUUAGCACUUGGUGACAACAGUCCUGCUAUUUCUGAAAAUCGGGUUUUGAGUAUUCAAUGUAUGGGAGGUACUGGAACCUUGAGAUUAGCUGCUGAAUUUCUGAAGCAGAAAUUAAAGUUUGAUACCGUUUAUGUUUCCAGUUUGACAUGGGAUAAUCAUGUAGGUAUAUUUCAAGCGACAGGCUAUUCACAGAUACAUGAAUAUAGUUAUUGGGAUCCCAUCACUAAAGGCUUAGAUUUUCAAGGUUUAACAGACGAUUUAAAGAAUGCCACCGAGAAAUCUGUUGUUAUAUUCCAUACAUGUGCUCAUAACACAACAGCCAACGAUCCAACUGAAGAACAAUGGAAAGAAAUAUUCAGAAUUUGUAAGAGAAAACAGUUGAUGCCGCUAAUGGAUUGUACAUACCAAGGUCUAGUCAGUGGUGAUGUUGAUACUGAUGCUUUUCCAUUGAGACAUUUAGAUUCUGAAGGCUUUGAAUUCUUGAUAGCUCAGUCUUUCUCGAAAAACUUUGGACUUUAUAAUGAACGACUCGGCAAUCUUUGUCUUAUAACCAAAGAUAGGACAGUUUUAGAUGAAGUCCGAUCACAAUUUGAAUUCAUCAUCAGAAAGCUUUGGUCAAAUCCAUGUCAUCAUGGAGCAAGAACUGUGUCUACAAUACUAAAUGAUCCCAAACUGUGCACUGAGUGGAAAGAAGAAGUAAAGGUUAUGGCUGAUCGUAUUAAAUCCAUGAGGAAACUAUUAUAUAAUAAGCUUAUAGAAUUAAAUACACCUGGAUCAUGGGACUUCAUUUCAAGUCAAACAGGAAUGUUUAUCUUUACUGGGAUGACAAAACCACAAGUUGAAUGUUUAUGUACAAAAUACCACAUUUACCUAACUAAGACGGGUAGAAUUAACAUGUGUGCUGUUACCAGUAAAAAUGUGGACUACAUCGCCAAAGCCAUCCAUGAUGCUGUAGUCAAUUAUUGAAUGCACAUCCAUAUCCUAGUUAUAGACUUAUACAGUUGUAUUUCCUGCAAAUCAAACUAGAAAUAGAUUAAAUAUUUAACACGU